GCAGCGGCGGCCACGGGGUUGGCACAGGGUACUGGGCCUGGAGGAGGCGCCGCGCAGUGGGUGAGCCCGCUGGAGGCCGCGCCUGGCAGUUUCAGGUUUCUGAAACAGAUCGCCAACUUCGUCCAGAAAAUUCAGUUGGAACAUCAAGACUGGCACACUCUUUUUCCUCAGACAGUAGGCAGGAGCCAGGCAGAGCCCAGGAAUUCUUGAAACACCUCUCUUCCAUUUGGAGGACACUAAGUUUUAUUUGACGACAAAGGCAGUUCAAUAUGGCAGCAGGACUGAAGGGACACGAAGGAGUUGUUACAGUGAUUUGGUGACAGUUCUUCCAACAACAGUGUCUUAAGCGAAGGUGGAUCAAGAAAACCCAGAACUUUGGGGUUGCAUUGAGACCUCAGCAUGGCUCAGAAGAGAGAAUGAUACCUCUGCCUGGAUGGAAAAAGAAGAUGAAUCUUGAAGGAUGCAUAGGAUUUUGCUAAAUAAUCAGAACAGGGCAUUCAGACAAGGAGAACUUCAUGGGCAGAGACUUAGAGGCAAGUCUCCUGGCUUGUGAAGGCCUAGCAGGUGUGAGUUUGGUUCCCACUGCAGCCAGCAAGAAGAUGAUGCUGAGCCAGAUUGCCAGCAAGCAGGCCGAGAACGGAGAGCGGGCAGGUAGCCCCGAUGUGCUGAGGUGCUCCAGUCAGGGCCACCGAAAAGACAGCGAUAAGUCCCGGAGCCGCAAAGAUGAAGACAGCUUGGCUGAGGCCUCUCAUUCAAAAAAGACUGUUAAAAAGGUUGUAGUAGUGGAACAAAAUGGUUCUUUUCAAGUAAAGAUUCCCAAAAAUUUUGUUUGUGAACACUGCUUUGGAGCCUUUCGGAGCAGUUACCACCUCAAGAGGCACAUCCUUAUUCAUACCGGUGAGAAGCCAUUUGAGUGUGAUGUAUGUGAUAUGCGCUUCAUUCAGAAGUACCACUUGGAGCGUCACAAGCGUGUGCACAGUGGUGAAAAGCCCUACCAGUGUGAACGGUGUCAUCAGGGACAAAAGGAAGAACAGUAGGAUGAGCAGACGAGGGCUGGAUCCAAGAAGAGUGGACAGGUACCUGUUAUUUCCUCUGGGGAAGACGAAGAAUUGUGCCCAUGGAUGUUGUAAUGAACCAUGCCACACUGGUACCUGAUGGGGUCAGCCUAAGUGCCUUUUGGAGGAAACUUGGGUGACGGUGGCUCAUGAAGCCCUUUCCUUCUCUCUUCGGGCAGUUGACCUUGGAAAUAGUUUGUGGCUACCUCGCUGCCAUUGAUUCCUAAGCCAAACGGGGGUGUUGAGCAGGGAGUCAUGGAUAUCAAAGUAGUUAUUCCUCCUUGUGCCCUCUUUGGAACCACCCAAGACUAGUCCUAAGUUGAGUAACAGCUGUUCGGGAAACAGGAAUUAGGUGUCCCUUGACAUGACAGUUGAGCGGUGUGAGCUGUUCUCUCUGCCCAAGUCCUAUCACUGUAUUCAGGUAGAGGAGAUAGGGUCUGGCCUUUGGUCCCAAAGAACAAGAUCUUGGCUUCCUUCUUGACGGCCAUCCCUACCCAACAAAGAAUUGGGGGGAGUAGAAGCACUGCAGAGAAAGGACUGAGGAUGAAACCUAAUGUAGGUUUUAUUCUUAACCAUACUCUUUGCUUCUCUCUGCUCCCAACACCAUCAUCCUAUCCACCCUCAAAAAAAUGAUGUGGGGUGGGUGUGUGUGAGUGUUUGCGUGCUUGGAGACAGCAUAUUAUUGAGCCAAGCUCUUCCGUGGCCUCUGCGCAGGGGAGGACGAGCAUGAAACAGCCUCCCCGCCCCAAACCUGAGGGUGUGUAAGGUCCCAGCAGGACCUGAGAAACUCAGUUUAGGGCACGGGAGGGCUGUUUUGGAGGUGUUUUUGUUGUUUUUGUUUUUAGAUUGAUUCAACAGAGUGGGGGUUAGAUGUUUCUAACUUAUGCCAGGGGCUUGUGAACAUUAUCUUCUAAAGUGAAAUGAAAAGCCCUCUUCCUGCCAAGGAAAGGAUCCUUAUGGAAGGCCUGGGGUUUGUGGCCUGUUCUGUGGCCUGCCCUGACCUGUGGAAUGAGGAGUAAUCAUGGAGACUUGAUGAACCUGACCAAGCUGUCCGUGGGGAUCCUAUGGCCUCU